AUGCAAAACAAGACACUUAAUCUGCCACCAGACAGAGCUCUUCCUGGUAGGACAAAUAAAGUGCCUUAUGUUUUUAUAGCUGAUGAAGCAUUCCCAUUAUCUAAUCAUUUGAUGAAACCCUUCCCACAACGUUCAUUGACAUAUGAUAAUAGAAUUUACAAUUACCGUCUGUCAAGAGUUAGACGAAUGGUGGAGUGUGGCUUUGGAAUACUAGCAAACAGAUGGAGAGUUCUAUUACAAAAAAUACACUUGGGACCAGAAAAAGUUGAACUCAUAACAUUAACCUGUGUACUUUUACAUAACUUUUUAGUUAAAGAGAAUGCUAUGUACACUACUGAAGGCACGUAUGACAUUGAUCCAUCCCAACUGUUACCUCAAAUUUCACAGCAGAUUGGGAAUCGAUCAGGAAAUUCUGCGAGAUCAAUCAGAGAAGAAUUUAGGGAUUAUUUCAAUUCAACAUCUGGAUCUGUGCCAUGGCAAGACACAGCUUUACAAAGGAACAUUUCAUGA